GUACGAGAUAACUUUUGCAGGUAAUUGGACCACUCGGACCCGUCGUCCGGUGUUGGAAGAUGUCGAUCACUCCUAUGCUGUUUUCUUCGUGAUCUACGUCACACUGAUUGUUUUUGCCGUGCUUCGUGUCAUCACGGCCGUUUUCCUACGCGAAACUUUGGAAGCAGCGAACAAUGAUGCAGAGCUCAUGGUUAUGGAGCGGUUGCGGCAGAAGGGCAAGUACAUCAAACGGCUUGAAGGCAUUUUUCGGGCAAUGGAUGAAAGUGGGGAUGGUGUACUCACAGAAGCAGAGAUGUCGGCCGUCUUGGAAGAUUCGAAGGUCCAGGCCUACUUGGCCAGCCUGGAUUUGGAUUUGAACGAGGGCCAGGCCUUGUAUCGCUUGCUGCAGAACGGUGAAGGACAGGUGACCUACGAAGACUUCAUCGACGGCAUUCUGCGUUGCAAGGGUCCUGCACGUGCAAUUGACCAGAUAUGCUUGCAAUGCGACGUGAAGUUGCUAUCUGACGCUGUGUUGCACUUGACGAAAGCCUUGGAGGAUUCGAAGAUGAUAAGGAAGCAACGAAACCAUGGCAAACACCGAAGAAGCAAGCACCGUGUGGAGGACGAAGUUGUGCUUCUUCGGGCCGCAACCAGAGUGAUGUGA